UAGAAGCGGAGGGUCCGGAGUAGUGGACCAUAGAUGGGUCAAGUAAAACUACGUCGUUUCGAGGGUACUGUAGAUGAAACUAGCCUGAAAAAAUUGAUCCAAAGAAGACGAAACAAGGCAAGGCAAGGCAAGGCACCCACCCAAUGAAACUCAGCUGUUUUUUUUUUUUUUUUGAAUUAUUUGGUGUAGUGCUAUUUUCAGAAUCAAAAUCAACAACCUUACAAAAACAAAUACACAAUUCUACCACCCGUCAUAGCCAAACCACAGUGACUGCUCAACCAAUCAAUAUCUGAAUAUACAUAUACAUGUAUUUAUAUAAAUGCACAAACUAGAACUACCCAUUAUUCUUAACCUUCAGAUCUAGCUCUUUCAUUCCCAUAAGUACAAAUCUAAGCUUUAAUACUUGUUUGAUUUCUAGUCUUUCAUUUUGGCUUUACCUAAGGUGAGCGAGCAGAGGAAAGUUAUGGGUGAGGGUGAGAGGUUUCAGCUGGGGACCGUUGGUGCGUUGACUCUCUCAGUGGUUUCAUCAGUUUCCAUCGUGAUUUGCAACAAGGCGUUGAUUAGCUCACUGGGUUUCAAUUUCGCUACAACUUUGACAAGCUGGCACCUUCUAGUCACCUUCUGUUCCCUUCAUGCCGCUCGUAAAAUGAAAUUUUUUGAACAUAAAGCUUUUGAGCAAAAGGCUGUUAUGGGCUUUGGCAUUCUUAAUGGCAUAUCUAUUGGGCUUUUAAAUCUUAGUUUGGGUUUCAACUCUGUUGGUUUCUAUCAGAUGACUAAGUUGGCAAUCAUCCCUUGUACUGUAUUCUUGGAGACCCUAUUCCUUGCAAAAAAAUUCAGUAGGAGUAUCCAGCUAUCUCUUCUUAUUCUCCUCCUUGGGGUUGGGAUUGCAACAGUCAAUGACGUUCAACUCAAUGCUCUAGGCUCCAUCUUGUCUCUUCUUGCAAUUGUCACAACAUGUGUUGCUCAAAUUAUGACUAAUACCAUCCAAAAGAAAUUCAAGGUCUCUUCAACCCAACUUCUAUAUCAAUCAUGUCCAUAUCAAGCAGGGACAUUAUUGAUAUCUGGCCCAUUUUUGGAUCAGUUUCUCACUAAUCAAAACGUAUUUGCUUUCAAGUAUACAACUCAAGUGCUGGUUUUCAUCGUUCUCUCCUGCAUGAUCUCUGUCUCUGUAAAUUUUAGUACAUUCCUUGUUAUUGGAAAGACAUCUCCAGUUACAUAUCAGGUACUUGGACAUCUGAAGACAUGUCUGGUACUUGCAUUUGGUUAUAUUUUGCUUCACGACCCGUUCAACUGGAGGAACAUCUUAGGCAUCAUGGUUGCACUUGUUGGAAUGAUAGUAUACUCCUACUUCUGCACUCGCGAGAGUCAGAAGAAAACUGAUGAAGCAACAUUGCCAUCAUCCCAGGGAAAGGAAGGUGAAUCUGAUCCUCUACUUAAGACGGGAAAUGGAAAUGAUGUUGUAAUCGAUACGGUUGCCCAGAAGGCUCCAGGAUGGGAAAGAAACAAAGAUUUGCAUGCUUGAUGGAACCACCUUUUUUUCAAUCUUUUUUACUUCACAAGAUAUAAGAGAAGCAUACAUACAAAACUGUUGGAAGAAAAAUGAGUGUUGUGGGCACUAAAGACUCACUCCUCUUUCAACCUCACCCUGAAAUCUCUCUCCAAUCUGCACUGGUGUUGAUGGCUCUCAUUUCAUAUUCAGUGUUUUGUUUUUUUAAAGUUAUGAAUUUACAUGUUGACAAUCAAUCAUCUGAGGAGUGCCCAUAAUAGUUAAUGUUGUUGUACCUAGAAGGCCAAGGAAAUAUAAAGUUCAGUUUUGUAGAAAAUUAUUCUGAUAUUUUAUUUAUCAUUAAUAUUUGUAUGGAAA